AGAGUGGCUGCACCGCAAACAAGAAGCCUCUCUACAUGCGUUGUUCUUAUCCUUAGAUCCUUGAGUCCGUCACCCUUGCAUGAUGUAUCUACCCAACCACCUUCCCUACAACGCAAGGUAGGUACAUUGGUGAACAGGUGAACAAGCACGGAGGACUACUUAACGCGUCCUAACUUCAACCGCGUGGACCGCCUCAGUUUGCACAUCCCAUCAUGAACUCCAAUCUUCUCAAUGUGCCGGUUCGAAGUGAUUGGUCGACUAGUGCUCUGGUGUCAAUCUGAACACGAAACCACUCCUUCUUUUGACCUAAGCCACGAUCCUCCGCCUCGCCUGCGUGUCAAGCCAGCGCCUAAACCUACAAGAUGCUACAUGAAAUCCUCCUGUCCCUAUCCGGGCUCCAGUCGCCCAUCUGGACCCAAGCAGAUGCGCCAGAAGAGAAAGGGCAGGGUCUGAAUCAAUAUGUGUCACCACCAGAACGUGCCAUGUUACAAAGUCUUGCUCAUCUUCACGACCUACACAUUCAGAUCAAGAACGCAACAACAAGGAUAUCGCGGGAGCACCCCUCUAUGAUAUGUCGGGCUGUAAGCUCCUCAAUGUCAGAUGUGCACUUGGGCAGAUUCAUGGACAAGAUCAUACAAGUGGAGACGUCAAUACUCAAGAAAGACGCUGGCUAUGUGGGUGCUUAUGAGAUUGUCCCUUUGAGCACGAUAGUCUCUGAUUUCGCCCCUUGGACAAGACGCCUAGAAUGGCUGUGGUCAAUGGUGAGACAAAUGAACCUCGACUCGGCAGGACGCCAAACAAAAGCUUCCGCAGCUAGCAUUCUGGAUUUGUUGGAGCAGGAAACUCACACUGGGUACGCCGAUAUCGAAGACAUGGCCGUCGCUCUGUUGACAGUUGCACAAAAAGCUUGGAUGAGGGCAGCGUCAGUCUGGGUUUUGUAUGGGAAACUCCCAAUGUCUGGCGCUGAUGACUUCUGUGUCAAACAAUAUCCCCGCUCGUCGUCGACAAUGGACACUUUCCUGCUUGACCAUUCACUUGUCCCGAAACUGGUCAGUCCGACCGGUGCAAACGCUCUUCUGUCGAUUGGAAGUGCUUUGAAUCAGCUACGUUCUCAGGAAGUGCUUGCCGCCAGGUCGCUCAAAGGUCUGAAUGAUGCAGCAAUGACUCUAUUGCCGAGGCAUCUGAGGCUGCUCCAGUCUCUCCGAUAUCCUCUGAAUUCUGCAUUGUUGGAGAACGUCUUUGCAUCUAUCAACCAGUCUAUCUCUGAGGAUGCUCUCACAGAGAUCUUGCCUCGGACGCUUGUCUUACGAAUGCUCCAGGUCACGUUGCGGUACCUCCUGCUCGGCCAUGGGGAGUUCGCCGUUUCAUUAGUGGCUCAUGCCGAUGAUCGCAUCACAAAUCGCCAACAGACACAGACGGCAGUCCGGCCAGUCCGGAGAAUCGGUAGACUUGACGAUCUAGCAAUUAAGGACGCGGAAAUCAACGCUGUUUUGAGCAAGGCCAUGGCCGAAGUAGCAGGCUUUGAUGAAGACACCGAGGAUGAAAUUUUCGACUUUGCAAAGAAGAUCUUGUCUCUGAAGCCGGCGGAUGCGCAAGAUAACCCGCUGAUGGUCUCAACGUUGUUACCUACACCGACGCUCUUAGUUAUCACGAUCCCGCCCUCCUCACCAUUGAACAUAUUCCUUUCUACACAAGAUAUCAAAACCUACUCUUUGUUGAACGCCUACCUGCUUUCCAUCCACAGAGCAGGCCUCCAUCUGUCCGACCUGUGGAAACUGACUGCACACCGCCGGUCUUAUCCUACGCCCCUAGGGCCGCCUAGAAGCGCAUCACGGGCGGGACAGGCAACGCUCGCAGCCCGCAGAUCCCGAGACGAGUAUAGAACCAAAAGAACGAGACGACAUUGGACAUGUGCAAGCAAAGCCCUCUUCAUGGUCAAUGAGCUUGAGGGCUAUUUGCAAGGCGAGGUGAUCCAGAGUAGUUGGUCUCACCUCCACAGGUGGUUGACAGGUGAUGAUCAAAGUGGUCCUGCGUCUGCAAAGUCUUCUCGACCUACUACAGCCUCAUCAGCCGGUCAAACCAGAUUGACAGACGGUAGCUCCGGCGUCCCUUCUUCAGAAAGGCGGGGCGGACCCACCGAUCCCCGAGUGUUGGCACAGGCUCAUCGGGCAUAUCUACAAGCAUUGAAGUCUGGGCUGUUUUUUAACGACAGUAUCUUCGUAGAUGCGUUGAAAACAUUUCUGACCCAGAUCGACCAUUUGGUAGCGCUGUUUUCUCGCCUGCAGAAAGUCUGGGAAGGGCUAGAUCUGCAAGAAGACGAUGGCGUGGUUGACGCUUUCUCAAACUAUGCGCAAGAUUCACGAGAAGUACUCUCUGAGAUGGACUGGACAAGUGACGCCAUCAACGCAACAAUCAUUGAGCUCGUGGAUAAAGUGCGCGAGGUCGAGAAGGAAAAGCGAAGUGGUACUGGACACCAUGCUCUUGUCGAAGGCCUCGAUGGCCUGGACUUGCACGCUUCGCGAUUCGUUCCCUGGCAAGCGCGAACUGUGGAUAGACUAGUUAUGAAGCUUGAUAGUCUGGCGGCAAGGCAUGAGGAAGACGGAGAUGAAUCAGAGGUCGUCUAUGGUUACGAUGAUGAAUGAUGAUUAUCCCUAUUGGUUCCAAAAAGAAUCUGCCUAUGUCAAUAUGCCAAGUCAAAAUAUUCACAGUAGAAGGUCAUUGUCUCAGAAGGAC